AUGAAGAUAUUCGUUCCCAACAACUAUGAAAAUGUUUGCAAACAAAAGGUAGACGAUUAUGAUAGACUAGAAAAUAGUCAAAAACAAUUUUGUAUGAAACUUGUAAGAAAUUUAGCGUGUUAUAAUUAUGAAGAUGGGUAUUACAACCUUAAUAAUGAGGAAUGUAUGAUUUUAUACUAUUGGAUAUAUAGUUCAGUAAAACAGCAUAAUAUUAAUAAUAAUCUUAUUACUCCAAUUUUUUAUGAUAAUUAUAGUAGAUUUUGUACGUACGAAAGGAAAGCUAAUUGUUUUUAUAAUCUUUAUUACGACUAUUUUGAAGACCCAGUGGGCAUGAUAUUCUUGGAUAUUUUUCAACAAAAUAUAAAUACUGUAAUAAAUAUGUUGGGUAAUACAGAUGUUAGAAUUAAUGCUAAUUUGCAAAAGUAUAUUUGUGAAUGCAUUAAUAUAUAUAAUGAAAUGAAUAAAACAUAUUGCCUUAGUGAUGUUUAUAAUGAUGAAAAGCGUACAUGGACUUGUAGCAGGUUAGCUGCAGUUAAGCUAACAUAUGAUGCGUAUCUUGCUGGAAAAUUAUACAAAAAUUAUGUAAUACCAGUUUUAGGUAGAAAUGAAGGAGAAUAUUUAGAGAUGUGUCCACAGGAUAGUCCUGGAUCAAAAUUAACUACGGAAAAACAUAGAACAGUAUCUCUACCUUCAUUAAAUGAGUUCAUGUUCAAAAUGCAGCAGAACCUUUAUAUUCAAAGGAAGUUAUUAAUGAAAAACCAGAUCUUCCUACCCAGGUUAAUGAAUUUCAUGGCACUGAUAGUUCUGGCUCGUCAAGUACUACAAAAGCCCUUGAUUCCGUGGCUCAUGAAGAUCAUAGCACAGGUAGUUCUGUCCGGUCAAGUACAACAACAGCUCUUGCUACGGUGA